AUAAUUUUCAACAAAUAAAUCUGUUGGACAUAGCUUUUAAUUUUCCAAUAGCUAUAUUUUUGAAUUAUCAACGGCUCAAACACUCCAUCUCUAUAUAUUUACACCCCAUUUAUCAAAUUUUACUCACACACUCUCACUUCUUUUGCAUCUAUAGGCAAUACUCAUAAAGAUUCUCCUCUCUUUUCAAAAUCUCUGCAAAAUGGCUAAAGACAAGGAAACGCCGCUACCACUGGGAAAUCCAAGUCGAAAUCUAGAGCACGAAUGAGCAUCCCCGAUGACUGCUUCCACUACCAAGACGGGUCGUUCCUAUGGUUCAACACCGAGGAGGAAGUCACCCGGUUCCUCACAUAUUUCGCCAAACGGGCAGUGGCACCACCAAAGACCCUCCUAGAAAGCCUCCCGGAAAAGCUAGGUUACGACACCCUUGAUGCACAUCUGCACCAAUCCGCACUUUGGCCUUUUGUCUCCAAGUCCCAGAGGACCUACAAUCCGGCGCUGGUUCGAGCCUUCUACCUGAACCUCCGGCGUGACGGAGAUGUCAUCUACAGCAUGGUCAAGAACACGCCCAUUGAGCUCACCGUCUCAAGGCAGUGACAUCUCCAAUUACGGCGGAGAAGACUGGGUCAUCAACAAUGAAGGGUUGGUUAUCAU